GCCCCGCCCACUACGGAGGGCGAAGAGGGCCUCCCCGCGAGGGCCGUUCCCCGGCUUCUUCCGCCAGACCUACCAAACGUCGGCCCGGCACAGCUGGCAUUCUCCUCUAACGAAGAGCUUUUCCUUCACCAACUGGGGAUGAUUACUGAUUGUAGUUCUUCCUAAAGAGCUUAUUUUGAAGGAAUGUGUACCUGUUCAGCUUUGCUGACGUAAAGCCAAAAUGGAGCUCGUAUUGGAGCUUAAUUGCUGUGUACAUCCAGGAAAUUUGAAACUCUCUAAAAUGAUGGCCACUCUUCUUCUAAAGAGGCUAACGUUGCAUACCGUAAAGACUGGAAAUAAUUGCAUUAGAUGUCCUGGUACAUACACCCUGCACCAGACCGCACCAGCACGGCCGUCGCUCCGAGCUUCUGGCCCGAGACUGUCCUGCCCGAUUCACGCAAAAGCUUUCGGUACUGUUGCAGACACCCAGGACGAAAGGAAGAAGAAAAAGAAGAAUGAACCAGCUCUUAGCAACAUCGGAAGAAAAAUUCACGAGCGGAUCAUUCACGUGCUGGAUGAGGCGGGCAACGACUUGGGCAACAUGCACCGAGCAGACGUGAUCAGGCUCAUGAACGAGCGGGACCUGAGGCUUGUGACAAGGGACAGCAGUGCGGAGCCCCCUCAGUACCAGCUCCUGACGGGGGCACAGAUCCACGAGGAGCGCCUGCGACUCCGGGAGCUGGGAAAAGCCCACCCGAAACCCGGCCCUACCCUGACAAAGGAGCUAACUUUUUCUUCAAAUAUUGGACAACAUGAUUUGGACACAAAGAGUAAACAGAUUCAGCAAUGGAUUGAGAAAAAAUACAGAGUUCAAAUUACUAUAAAGAAAGGGAAGAACGUAGAGGAGCCAGAAAAUAAAAUGGAGGAGAUAUGUAAUCAAAUACUCCAAACUAUGCCCGGAAUAGCUACCUUCUCAACCCGCCCACAACCUGUUAGGGGAGGGAAAGCUGUAAUGUGUGUUCUUCGUCAUUUAAGCAAAAAGGAAGAGAAUGCAUAUAGAGAAACGCAAGGAGCCCAGAAAGAGGACCCUUUGAACAAAGAAAAUGGAAACAACAGAGAAUCAGAUGUUGUGCAUCCAUGAUUUUAAUAAAGAGAAAGGUGCUUCUGGGAGGAAAGAACUGAGCUGGCUGGUCUGUGGUCCUUUAAGCAACGCAAUCUGGUGUUCAGUUGAGGGUGAGUAUCGCGACCGUCGAGAGCACCCUGUCUUCAGUACAGUUCAGUGACUCUCCGUUUGUAGGCAGAGAUGAGCUUUGUCCUUGUUUCUUUUUAGGAGGAAUGUAUCCACUGAGACGAGAGGCCAAACUCCGUUUUUCACGAGACGGUUUUACCUUUGGAAAUAAGAAAGCGAGACAAUGAGAACGCAAAAUCAAACUAUCCAACUAACCUAAUAGCUGUACCCCCCAACAGGCACCCAGCACCCCCUUAGAAGAAAGUGAAGCCCGGCGAUCGCGUUCCCGGUAGAGCAGCUCACACAGCAGUGACGAGCCAAAAGUACCCGAGACUGCAUCCGGCUGGGGGACUUGGGGUUUAAAACCCACAGCGGGCCCCAGUUAACUUACUUUGAGGUUCAUUUUCUUCUUGUCAGGGUCAUGCACAACGGCGUGCCUAGUGAGACUUUGCUACAAUGAAGGGAAAAGAAAAAGUUAUGUUUUUGAAACGCUGCCAUUUGGGUGCCUAUUAAUAUGAGAACUUCACGAGUUCUUUAAAUAAACUGUCGACCUUCUUUCUGUUA